AUGAGUUCAAAUGGGGGCGAUUGCAAAAAGCUUGCUACUUACGACGCUAGCAAUUGGUUCGCUAGCUUCAAUUAUCAGGAUGGCCCCGACCCAACUGAGGGGACUGUUGACUAUGUUUCUUUGGACGAAGCAAAAAGCUCUGGCCUCACCAGGAUUGUCGGCAACCAGGUCUUUAUGGGUGUGGAUAAUACUACCUGGACCAUCAACAAGGACACCUCCGGAUACGGCGAAAUUGACAUCGUCGAAUCCUAUAGUACUUUGACAAAUAGUUUCAUGACGUUACACACCAAGGGGGAAUGCAGCUUUGUACCGCCUACAAACUCCAACAGCAAGAUCCAGACCGGUGAGGUGAGCGAACAAGACACAAACUGUCAACUGGACGCCGGAAAUGGAUGCAGUGGGGUGGGACCUGAGGGGGCAUAUGGCGAUCCCUUCAACGCUCAAGGUGGAGGAGUUUAUGCCAUGGAGUGGAAUGAGAACUUCAUUCGCAUAUAUUACUUUCCCCGAAACUCCAUCCCGGCCGAUAUCACUGCGGAAACGCCGGACCCAAGCAAAUGGGGUUUGCCAAAUGCAAGCUUCGAGAAACAACACGGGGGUUGUGAUAUUACUAGCAACUUCCCCGCCCAAACCAUCUAUUUCGAUACCACAUUUUGCGGAGCUGAAGCUGGCGGACAGGCCUGGGCUAGUUACGGCGGCGAGCAAGACUGUCAAAAGUUAACAGGAGUGAGAACCUGUGAGCAAUUCGCCCGCACGCACCCAGAAGUAUAUGAUGACGCCUACUGGCUUGUGAAUUAUGUGAAGGUCUUCCAGAAAUAA